UGCCUUCUGGCAAAGCCUAUCGUGACACCGUUUCAGCCGCAUUGCGCCGGGCAACGGCCGGCCGGGCUCGUCCGCUUAUUCCGCGUCGUUUGACCGCCGAUUCCAGCCGCUUCUCGCGCCGCACCGGCGCAUGCAGUGAGUCCUUGGCCGCGUGUGUGCACACCACCCCGUGCACCCUUCUCUGCGACACGCGCCGCGCCCCCGGCUCACUUGGAACUUGUGCCCUCGCUAAAGCUACCACCGGCCCGCCGACGAUUUCGGACGAUUUCAUCUCAGAUGUAGAGCGACAUGGCAAUCAACAUAAAAUUCACAAAAUUCGACAACACGCCAUGGGGCUUUCGGCUAACGGGUGGCAGCGAUUUUCCACAGCCGCUUACUGUCAUUAGAGUCACAGAGGGCAGCCUGGCCGAAUGUAUGGGUUUAAAGGUCGGCGAUGUCGUAGUAAGAUUAAAUGAUCAACCGAUCAGCAGUUUAACUCAUGGACAAGCUCAUGAGGAACUCUUGCACGCUGGCAACAACUUCAUUCUGGGUGUGCAAAGAGAGGAAGAGGCACGAAAGGCCGCCGAGGCGAUAUCGGAAGAGAACAUCGUUCCAUAUAAGAUCGCCCUUGCAGACUUACCGCCGCUCUUCCCAGAACAGAUCUUGAAGGAGGAGACAGUGAUCGAGCGAUACGAAGAGGAGACCGUCGAGCAAAUAGCGUCCGCCGAAGACGAGGUCAGGCGAGAGGAAGAGAAGCUCGCGGAGGAGAAACCGGUGGACGUCGACAGUGAAAUCGUGCCGAACAAAAAUCUCACGGAUGACGAGAUCGCGCAGCUGAUCCUCGAGGAGGAGGAACUUCUGUCCGAUCAAGGAUUAUUGGGAGUGAACUUCAAGAAGCUACGCCCGCGCGCGUCGAUCUUGAAGGGCUCCAAGGUGCUGGAGGAGCUGCAGCACAUCGCGAUAGCGGAGCCUGAGCGGAUACAGGAGCUGAAGCGCACCUCGACCUUCCUGCAAAAGCCGCAGCGACCGGUGCCGAAACCAAAGAAUCAGCUGCCUGAAGAAGACGACGGCGAGACCUACAAGGUCGUAAUCAAGAAACAGGACAGGAAGACGGUAAUCGCGCGUCUCGUGGAGAAGGGUCUGCUGCCGCCAGGAUCCGAAAUUGCCAGGACACCUGAACCGGCAGAGCCAGAGAUUCCCAGGACACCUGAGCCAUCGUGCGAGGUAGCGGGAGAGGAGAAGAACGAGCCGAACGAGAGCAAAACAGACGAGGGAUCCGAGGGCGCGCGCAACGAGGAGGAAGAUUACGAUUCCGAGUGUCGCAGGGCGACACCCACGCAGGACGAGACAGCCGCCGGGGAGGAUUCGAGCGUCUCCGGGAGGCAGACGACGGAUUCAGCUGGCGAGGUGUUCGACAGCGAGAAGAUCAAGGAGCUGGUGACUACCGAGAUUAGCCUCGAGCAGCAGCUGGAGAACGUACAGCGGCAGUUGCUCGCCCUGAAGCAGCUACCGAGCGAGAUCGAGAAUCACCUGAGGAUCGUGUCCGACCAACUGCACGCGAUCAUGGAGCUAAGCGGCGUACGAUCGCUUGGCAACCGAAGUGGUCAGCAGCGCUGCGACGACUCGUCAGAAGAGGACAACGCGCCGCAGAGGAGCCACGGAGAACCGAAGGAACAAGAAGACGACAGCGACGAGGAAUUCACGGAGACUUACGACUACAUCGAGGAAAUUGCGUGCUUGGAACGGAAGACGUCGUCGAGGUCAACGCCGCAAGUGAUCGAGCCCAGCGACGACGAAGGGGAAAUGGAGGACGAGGAGGAAGCCGAAACGAAGGAGAUGGACGGGAUGAUUUCUGUGAAGAGCGAGGAGGGAAGUAGAGUAAAGAAAUUCAUCGUCUCUUACGAGACCAAGCUGUUGAAGACGCCCAGCCCGACGCCGUCGCACGGUAGUUUCGAACCAGACCCUAAGCUAUCGCCAAAAGACCAAGUAAUACAGGAACUGCAGCAAAGAGCGCACAAGAAAAGCACCCGAAAGCAGUCGCAGGAGCUUUGGCCCCAGGCUAAGCAGCUCGAACUUACGCGUGGCCGCAGAUGGAGGUGCCCGAAUGACUUCUUUAACGACGAAAUGAUCGCGGAAGUGUUAUCCUCGCAGGCGGAAGUUAUUCGCGGCAGAGUGUUGGGAGUGAAUUUUAAAAAAUAUGAGAAGACGAACCUGCCCAACUUUGACCAUCUGAUGAACUCGAGCGUCUACAAGAUGAUUCAUAAAAUGGAACGGGAACCGAAAAAAGGUAUACCUGCUAGACCUGCUAAAGUCAACGCGGCGGAGGAUAUAAUGGAGCGAAUCAAAUCACCGGCGUUAAGCGUUGUGGAUGACAGAAGCACUCGAAGUGUCAGUCACUGAUGUAACCGCGAUCGCGGAUGAUUAUAAUGUGUGAUGCCAUCGUUACACGCAUAACAUCUACCUGCCUGCUAAAACAAUCUAGAAAAAUGGCGAGCAGAAUUAUCUGACAUACCAGUUACGUCUGAAGAAUAUUAUUUUAAUUAUAUUUUGAGAAUACUUAACAAUUUGAAAUAUGUGUGCGUGUAUACAUGUAUCAAAAUUCAACAAAUUCUUCACGGCAGCACAAUGCGCGCAUCAAUAAAGUACUCCUUAUAAUAAGAAA